UUUUUUUUUGCCAAAAUGUAUCGGAACCCGUGGAUCUCAAAUUACCUGACUCACGUCAAGUUUUGCAGCCAAGGACUUGGGAGUGAGACCCCCAUUAAACUAAGCAAUCCCAGAUUGCUAAAGAAGAGAGCUUUAAGCUUCCAGAAAGAAUUUACCUUUGACGAAAAAGACGACCCAGCCAAAAGCACUAAGGAUAUAGAUGUUAGUCUCUUGGCCAAUCUCCCGAAAGUCUCUGAAUUGAGGAAACGAUUUGAAGGAGGAAUAACCACAAGCUCAAGUGAUUGGGAAAUGAACAGGAAGGAGCGUAUCGCUCGGCGGUUGGAGGGCAUAGAAGGCGAGGUGCACCCGUCUCUGCUGCCUAGCUUAGUGGCCAAUCGCCUUCUGGAGGAGGACACACCACGAUACACCCGGGCAUCUGACCCCUUUGAGCCCUGUGGUGUUACAGUACAGCGCUAUGGCAUGGAGGGAUUUGAACCCCAAGAAAUGCAGCUGACGGCUCCAGAGCGACAGUCCAGAGCCCGAGUCAGACCUGACCCUCAGUCCUCCAUCCUGACAGAGCCUGUCUUUACCUCAGGCUCCACCAACGACACCCCGGAGCUUGAGUCCAAGGCUGAACGCAUCGCCCGCUACAAAGCAGAGCGGCGACGACAACUGGCUGAGCGCUAUGGCAUCUCUUUGGAUCAGGAGCCAGACUCGGACUGUCCCUCUCGCUACACUCGCACCCGCAAGGAUUCUGACGGAUCAGAGAUGAGGGGCAGAGGAGGGUCACUGGGGGAGGAAGGGAGGGAUGUCACCCUGAGUACUUACACCAGUACCUCUGCCACCAGUCCAAGGGCUGGGCGCACAGCACCACAGCAUGUCCACCCAGACCAGGGUUAUGAGAUGGGUCGGACCAGGGUGGACUCGUUCUCAGAGAGGGAGAGAUUGAUGAAUCUGGAGAAUCAACGCAGAGCGGCCCCUCCUGAGCCGCCAUCCUCUUCCUCAUACAUGGAUGUGACAGCAAUGUCCUCAGCUGCUAGGGUCCCCACCAAGGACUUCCCAGUCACUGGGAUACCACCCAGUUCUCCCAAGCUGAGCAGGCAGCACUCGCUCACCUCACUUAAACAUGGUGCAUCUCCUGGUGACCUCUUCAUUGAUCAGCAGUCCCACAGCAUCCUCAGCAGACAAGGGUCCUGUGUGAGUUCAGAUAUCGCUUCUACUGAAGCCGAUGAAGAAAAGGUAGACGAACUGGCCAAGAUGAGCGUAGCAGCCAAGCGCUCCCUCUUCAGGGAGUUGGAGAAGAGCAUCGAUGGAGGAGCCCCUAAAUCACGGUCCAGGAAUGCUGCAGUGGACAGGAGACUAAGAAGGACACAAGACCGAUCCAGAACUCAGCCGAUCACCACCGAGGAAGUCGUCAUUGCUGCCACCGUCCCCGCUCACGUGCCCCACACGGUGUCUGUUCACACCUCUGUAGCACGCGUCCCUAGCCCGACCUUAGUUUACAGCACUGUCCCCUCAUACAGCCUGCAGGCAUCUGCACAGCAGAGCUCCUCCGCCCGGGAGCAGGCACGGGGCCGGCGUGCUCGGGAAACCCAGGAGGUCCAGGUCUCCAAACCAGUUUCUGUGACGGAAGAAAAAGACCAUCAGAAGAUCCAGAGUCAUAGCAAGGACCAGGUAUCUAAACCGGUGUCCACAAUGGUGGUAAAAGACGAGGAGAGGAGUCAGAGUGAUAGUAACAGCAAGGCUCAGGGUCCGGACGAGCCUGAUCUUUGCACCCUCAGCCUGGCAGAAAAGAUGGCGCUGUUCAACCGGCUGGCUCAGCCUCCCACCAGGGUGACCCGCGCCAGAGGGGACGCACGCCAGCGCAGGGCCAACGCUCGCUACCAGACUCAACCCAUCACACUGGGAGAUCUGGAGCAGCUUCAAAACGGUACUUCCUCCGGGUACAGGCACCUCCCUACCUCAUCAUCCGCCUCUGUUCUGAAGGCUGGAGGCACCGUCUCCACCGACCACGCUGGAGACAUCCACAUAACCAGAGCAGCACCCCGAGUCGAACCCCUCCCUCCUCGCCAGCCAGACGUCCCAGCACUGAGACCCCAGGAGUCGACAGAUCACCAGAGGUCCAGGACUUUAUCGGUGGGUGAAGACGGAGCGAAUCUGGGAGGAGGAAAGAGGAAGCUGCCUUCUCCUGAGAGGGCAGUAAGGCAGGCCCCUUUGCCCCAGCCUCAGACUGGAGGAGAGAGUAGAGAGGAGGGGGAAGAGGAGCAGCGGCUGACCACUUGGGGUGGAGAGAGAGCCGUGCAGAGCUCGGACAGCCGCAUAUUCCACGAGUGGCAAGAGUCGUAUCAGAGAGAGGGAAACUAUACAGACAGCCAGAAGAACAGAGCCAUCAGUGGAGAGCUGCAUGAGUCCAGUGUGGUAACGUCCAGAGCAGCAGUGUGUCAGCCUCCUCCAGUGGCAGACACUCAGGCAGACAGCAGCGGACACACAGCCGGCCUAGUGGAGCCCGAAGACGGAGAAGAACUGAGCGACAUGAUGAUGGCCAAAACCAUGUCCAUUAGAGACAGAGUGGCCCUGUUGAAGAAGAGCGGCGAGCAGGACUGGAGGAACAGGAUCAAUAAGAAACAGGAUGUGGCGAAGGUUGCCGUGGGUGACCAGCAGGCUGAGCUCUGGGAGGUGGAGCAGAGCCUCAAGAAGAAGGAGGAUGAAGCUCUGAUGAUGAUCGAUGAGUUUGCUGUGUCCGACCAGCUUUGGGAGCCAGUCUUUGCCUCUGCUCUCUCUCCUCCUCCUGAGCCUCCUUUCCUAACUCCUUCCCCUGAUGAGUCAGCCAGCCAGGUCAUCAGAUCACCCAGGCCCUCGCAUGUGGAUGAGCGACACCCCUGGAGAAGGAAGCGGCUAGCUGAGUGUGAGAUGGAGAGCCAGAGCAUCGAGGCUCACAUGUCCAUUCAGGAGAGGAAACAGCUCAUAGUCUCCCAAGAGGAGUCCUGGAAGAGUAAAGGCCACGGGGCUGCCAACGACUCCACGCAGUUCACUGUGGCUGCACGCAUGGUGAAGAAAGGGUUAACCUCCACCUCAGCUAUGCAGUCUCCGCCAGCAUCGUCCAAACCCAAGAACAGCAGCCUGGCCAUCUCCAAACCACAGGAAGAGAUCAAGGCCAUGCCAGACCUGAACCUGGAGUCCGACAUGAAGCUGGAUAAACUGGAGUCAUUCCUUGGCAAGAUCAACAGUAAAGUGUCUGGACUGCCGGAAGCAACCAUCACAGUAACGGAGAAGAAAGUAAAGGAAGUGAUGACCCUCGAAGAUGAAACUUUCUCUAAGUUUUACCGACAAAUUGAUGAACUCCCCGUCACCACCAACAAGGUGGAGAUAGAUGACGACUUUGAUGCCAUCUUUGGUCCCCAGGUGCCAAAGCUGACCUCAGAGAUGGUGCAGCACAAGCGAGCAGUGCGCCCGGCACGUAACGUCCAGUCAUCGAGGAACCCUCUAAAGAUGCUAGCUGCCAGGGAGGACAUCAGAUACGAGUACACGGAGCAGAGGCUCAACAUCGGCCUGCUGGAGAGCAAGAGGAUGAAGGCUGAGAAGAUGAGUAAAAACUCGGGGCUCUCGGAUGUGGCUGCCGGUCUGGCCAGCAAGGAGAACUUCAGCAACGUCAACCUGCGCAGCGUCAACAUCUCCGAGCAGAUGUCCAAUAACAGCGCCGUGCCUUACAAGAAACUCAUGCUCUUGCAGGUCAAAGGUCGACGGCACGUCCAGACCAGACUAGUGGAGCCCAGAACGUCCUCACUGAACAGCGGUGAUUGUUUCCUGCUCAUUACGCCGCACCACUGCUUCGUUUGGACCGGAGAGUUCGCAAACGUCAUCGAGAAGAACAAGGCUGCAGAGUUAGCAAACUUUAUCCAGAGCAAGAGAGAUUUGGGUUGCCGUGCCAACUAUGUCCAGGUCAUCGAGGAGGCCGUCAACGCUCAAAGCCAAGCUGCAAAGGAUUUCUGGAAGAUCCUUGGAGGGCAGUCGAGCUUCCAGUCUGCAGGAACUCCAGAUGAAGACGAGUUGUACGAGGGAGCCAUCGUGGAGACAAACUGUAUUUACCGCCUGAUGGAUGACAAACUAGUCCCAGAUGAUGAUUUCUGGGCCAAGAUGCCCCGUUGUUCCCUGCUCAACCCCAAGGAGGUUCUAGUGUUUGAUUUUGGAAGUGAGAUGUACAUCUGGCAUGGAAAGGAAGUGACGCUCGCACAGAGGAAGGUGGCCUUCCAGCUGGCCAAGCACCUGUGGAACGGCACCUUUGACUACACAAACUGUGACAUCAACCCACUCGACCCGGGGGAGUGUAACCCACUCAUACCCAAAAAAGGUCAGGGCCGACCUGACUGGGCCGUGUUUGGCAGACUGACACAACACAAUGAAACCACUUUGUUCAAAGAGAAGUUCCUGGACUGGAGCGACUCCAGGAAAACACCCAGUCCUACAAGAAACUCCAACGAUCAAGUCACUGAUCAGAAGGAGCAGUCUGCCUCUGAACAGCCACAUGCGUUGGAUGCCUCCCUGAUGCUGCCCCUCCCUCAGGGGCCCAUCUGCACCAAACUGGACGGGUUCAACGUGGGGCGGGGCUACGGCCUGGUGGAGGCAGAGGACUGGAGGAGCUAUGAGAUCAGCACCCUGGGGGUGGAGGUUUGGCACAUCCUGGAGUUCGACUACAGCCGCCUGCCGCGGCAAAGCAUCGGUCAGUUUCAUGAGGGGGACACAUACGUGAUGAAGUGGAAGUACAUGGUCAGCGCUGCAGUUGGAAGGAGACAGAACCCAGAGCAGCAGAAGACAGCGGGGCCCGGGAAGGAGAAGUGCUGCUACUUCUUUUGGCAGGGCCGCAACUCCACCGUCAGCGAGAAAGGAACAUCCGCACUGAUGACAGUGGAGCUGGACGAGGAGCGGGGAGCACAGGUUCAGGUCCUGCAGGGUAAAGAGCCUCCGUGUUUCCUGCAGUGCUUCAAAGGAGGGAUGGUCGUCCACUCAGGGAGGAGGGAAGAGGAGGAGGAGAACUUGCAAAAUGACUGGCGCCUGUAUUGCGUGCGUGGAGAGGUGGAGGUGGAGGGCCACCUGCUGGAGGUGGCCUGUCACUGCAGCAGCCUGCGCUCCAGGGUCUCCAUGGUGCUGCUGAGCGUCAGCCAGGCUCUCAUCUACCUGUGGCACGGCUGCAAAACUCAGGCACACUCAAAGGAGGUGGCACGCACGGCCGCCAACAAAAUCAAAGAGCAUUGUCCUCUGGAAGCAGGCCUCCACAGCAGCAGCAAGGUUACCAUCCGGGAAUUUGACGAGGGAACGGAGCCCGCGGGAUUCUGGGAACCACUUGGGAGGAGAGACCGGAAAGUGUAUGACUGCAUGCUGCAAGACCCGGGAAGAUUUAACUUCACACCUCGUCUGUACCAGCUGAGCAGCAGCUCGGGGGAGUUUUCAGCUGUAGAGUUUCUUUAUCCUGCCAGAGAACCCAAAAAGGUCAACUCCAUGCCUUUCCUGCAGGAGGACCUCUAUGCAGCUUCACAGCCAGCCCUGUUCCUGGUGGACAACCACCAUGAAGUGUAUCUGUGGCAGGGCUGGUGGCCUCAGGACAGUGAAAGCACCGGCUCGGCCAGGAUGCGCUGGGACUCAGACAGGAAGUGUGCCAUGGAGACUGUGCUGCAGUACUGUAGAGAAAAGAACGAGAAGAAGCCUCCCAAAGCGUACCUGAUCCACGCCGGUCUGGAGCCGCUCACCUUCACCAACAUGUUCCCCAGCUGGGAGCACCGAGAGGACAUCGCUGAGAUCACGGAGAGGGAGGCAGAGGUGUGUAACCAGAUUAUCCUGGUCGAGGACGUGUUGGCUCGGCUGUGUAAGACCAUGUACCCCCUGUCAGAUCUUUUGGCCCGACCGCUGCCAGAGGGAGUGGACCCUCUUCGCCUGGAGGUCUACCUGUCUGAUGAGGACUUUGAGAAAGCCCUGGAGAUGAGCAGAGAGGAGUAUGGGGGUUUGCCCGCCUGGAAGCAGGUGAAGUUGAAGAAAGCCAAAGGACUUUUCUAACAGAGAGCUGAACUGAAGAGACCAGGAAGGAGAGAAAAAAAAAAGCCACCAGGAGGUUGUUUUGUCUUCUCUUUUGUUUACGUCCAGAGCCUCAGGGGCGGCCUAUCCUGAGUUUGCUCUUUAGUGGAGGGAUGAGGAUGAAAAGGGGAGGAGUAAAGGAGGUGUGGAGAAGGUGAUUGGUGAAUGAGAGAGGUGCAGCAGCAUGUUUGUGCAGCAGAUUUCCUUUCCAUCUGUUCUCGUGUUGGUAUAUUGGUUUUUAUAAGUGGGAGAUUAGUAGAAGCGGAUGCACCUCUGAAUGAAAGUGUUAAUAGUUUGUCUGUACGGUCACACUCUUGUUAAUGUUUGUACAUAUGUACCAUACGCAGGACAGACAGCGCUGUCACAUUGUCAGCCAAUCUGUCAGAGUGGGAGAGCAGGCCGGUCAGCCUGUUGAACACACUCUACAUCUAUGCUUGUGCAUUCAAAUAAUAAUUUAUAUUUAUAUCAGAUCCACAUAGGAGUUCAAAUAAGAAAAGCUCCCUGAAUAUUCACUGAGCUAGAAAUGAAUAAAUCAUGUGUAAAUUCAUGUGGAGGAGGUUGUGUGUCAUACUUGGAGAUAAACUGGACAUCACAGACUUCCUCUCUUUCGCUGUACAGUUCACCGUUUGCCAUUUACACAUGUAAUGAUGCAGCUUCUUCUGAAUGUAGUGUCGUUAUUGUUUCAGAUAGGAGAGGGGAUGCUCUGUAAAAGGUCAAGAUAGAGUUGUGAUGAACUGUAUGUGAUUUUAAAAAUCCUUCAGUGUAUAGUGCCUUGCUUUGUGUACAGUUUAUAUAAAGAUCCUAGUCUGCAUUUUGAAGACUUUUUGUGAUAUAAAGAAAUGUUAGAGAAAUAAACCAGGAAAGUUGGAUAUCA